AUGACCGACGUAGCAGACAACCGUCGGGGCGCCCUCCGUCGCGUGAAGGAAGAAGAUCUGCAAGCGAUUGAAGAUCGCUUGUUGAACCUUGAAAAGCGGGUGCGUAAGGACCACGAAGUGCGGGCGCAAUAUGCUGCAGGUGUAAAUGCAGAGAGCAAAAUCAAGAAGAAGUCGCACUACGAUCUAGAACACGAAGGCGACGAGCAGGUGAAAGGCGAAGGCGACACAGUCAAUGGUGGGCGAAAGGACAAGCAGCGCGACCAAGGUAUCCAAGACGGCGAUGGUGGCGGACAACCUCGCCUCCAGGGACGGUGGCGCGGUGAGACCGGUCAUCGAGGAAACCGACGCAACAACGAUGUGGAAGGACAUCCCCACGACGAAAACCCGCACGCUGGAGAUGACAAGCCCCUGGCGCUCGAUGCAACCAACCGACGCUUUGGACCUCCCAGCACCGACACUUUCGUCAUGGUGACUGUGUUUGGGCUGGUACUCGUCGUAGCAUUGUUUGUCGCGCGAAAAGUUCGCAAGCAGCGCACUCGAAGUUACCAAAGCAUUGAUUAA